GGGCUGGUGCUUUCUGCUCAGCACUUGACAUGCCCGUUCCCAGGUUUGGAAGGACAGUCGUGCUCAGGCUCUGGCAACAUGGACCAAAAGGAGAUUCUGCUUCAAAACCUGGAAAGGGCCCAAGCCAAGAAGCUAAACCGAGAAGAGUUUGCAGACGAGUUUUUGAAGCUGAAAAGGCAGUCAACAAAGUACAGGUUGGAUAAAAUCUACCCUGCAGCAGCAUCUGAGCGAACAGAGAACAUAAAGAAGAACAGAUACAAGGACAUCCUUCCCUUCGACCACAGCAGAGUGGAGUUGUCCCUGAUCACAUCAGAUGCAGAUUCUCAUUAUAUCAAUGCCAACUUCAUCAAGGGUGUCUACGGGCCAAGAGCAUACAUUGCAACCCAGGGUCCUCUCCCCACUACUGUCAUUGACUUCUGGAGGAUGAUUUGGGAGUAUGAAGUCCUGAUUGUGGUCAUGGCUUGCAUGGAGUUUGAAAUGGGGAAGAAGAAGUGUGAGCGAUACUGGGCAGAGGUGGAUGGCUCUCCCCUGCAGUGUGGCCCUUUUUCCAUUGCCUGUGAAGCUGAAGAGAAGAAAAAGAAGGAAUAUGUGAUUAGGACUUUAAAGGUGACCCUGAAUGAGGAAACCCGCACCAUCCACCAGUUUCACUACAAGAACUGGCCAGACCAUGAUGUCCCCUCAUCCAUUGACCCCAUCCUGGAGUUCAUCAGUGACAUUCGCUGCUACCAGCCAGGAGACAGCGUCCCAGUCUGCAUCCACUGCAGUGCUGGCUGUGGGAGAACAGGCGUCCUCUGUGCAAUCGACUACACCCAGAAGCUGCUGAGGGAUGGAAUUGUUCCAGUGAACUUCAGCAUUUUCAGUGUGAUCCAGGAAAUGCGCACACAAAGACCUUCCAUUGUGCAGACCAAGGAGCAGUAUGAGCUGGUUUAUGAUGCAGUGAUCGAGCUCUUCAAAAGGCAGAUUAAAGCCCUCGAUGCCCAGGAAGAUUUUGCUGCUUCACAGGUACAAACAAGGCAUCCUGUAGCCAAGCCACUCCUGACUCCAGAGGAAGAUAUUUGCUCUCUGAGAUCAUUAACCUGCUCAGAUCAAGAGGAGCAGGAUCAACGUCUUCCUCUGGUGGUACAAAGCAAAGCACACCUACCACCUGCCCCAGCAGCAGAGGAGAGCUCUGGACGUGGUGUCCCCCCCAUCAGACAGGCCAUCUCCUUUGCCACUCUGAACUUCAUCAGCUGCAGGAGGGUGGCUGAGCAGCAGGGUGCUGGGGAGCCUCGGCUGAAAUGCUGCAGCUUGGGGUUCAGCAGUGUCUCUUCUGAGCAGCUGCAUCUGCACCUGCAGCCGAAGGCAGCAGCAGGCAGGAGAGGGCCUGGUGGCAGAGCUCCUCUGACAAAGGCUGUGUCCACCCCCUUUGUGCUGGGGCAGUGGGCAGAAAACUGGGAACGGGAUGAGGGGGAUGCAAAACCUGGUUUGAAUUCACAGUUGCCAGACUCCUGCUACUCCAGAUCCCAGGUGGGGCAGAAGCAGGAUGGAUUUUCUCCUGCUGAUCUCUGUCAUUCAAGCCGACACCUGGAGGGUCCCCCAAGCCACAGGAUCUGUGGGCGAUGUCCUUACCCAAACUGCUGCUCAGCAGAAGACCCCUACUUCUCUUCACUCCCCUCAAAUGACCUCGUGUCCCCAGUGUCUGCUGAGUGCUUUGCAGAGGGGCAGGACAUGCUCCUCCCUGCCCACACUGUCAGUGCCAGCUCCUCACCACCAAGGCUCGUGUCCCACUGCACUCCACUGCUGAUGGACCCAAGGAUGUCCUCCCUGACCACCCUGUCACAGACAGAUGAUGAUGAUGAUGAUCCUCCACCCCUGCCCGAGCGAACCCCCGAGUCCUUUAUUGUGGCCAGUGAAUCUGGACAGCUUCCUCUGGCCACUUCUGAUUUUCAGCUUCCAUCCAGAAAUGCAAAUACUGGGACCUCUUUGGAGUGGAGUGGUGAGUCUCACUCAAAGGCGUUUAACGACUUGAGACCAUGUAGGAGUGUGAAGCUUGAGAACCCACAAACAGAGACAACCCAGGAUCACUCUAACUCUCCUCCCCCACUUCCUAAAAGAACCCCAGAAUCAUUUGUUCUUGCUGAUGCAGCAAGUCCAGAGCCUGCUGCAAGAAAUUCUAUGAGUCUUCCUGGAUUGGAGAGCAAUGCUUCUGAAGUAUCAUUAAAAGAACAUAUGAAAUGCUUCAGAAGAAGUAAGAGCUUGAAGAUACUGAAAAACGUGAGAAAGAGCAUCUGUAAUGCAUCUUCACUGACAAAACCAGCAGAGUCUGCCCCAUCGAACUAUCUGAGGUCUUUCCUUACCUUUGGCUUUGCAAAUCGAUUUUCAAAACCUAAAGGACCAAGAAAUCCGCCACCAGCAUGGAACAUUUAGAUCUGUUGUGUAGAUCUGGUGUUGCAGAUGUGUGAAUCCUUCUGAUAUGCCUUCAGUGCUCAUCCCAGAAAGGUUUCCAUCAAAACAAAAACACCAAAUGCGGUUUCAGGAUCCUUGCAGCUUCAUCAACUAAAGUUUUAAAGCAAAGAAGAGUACAGAAGCACCAGCAGCCUUUCACGUUUUGGUUAGUUUACCGCAGGAUGGAAACCAAGAACAGGAACAGUGUUUAUCCUGAUCUAGGAGACUUUUGUGUUUUGAAGUGUAUU